AUGACUCCCAGAAGUACAUUCCUUGCUUUCAUGUUAUCUAUCGUCUCUUUGGCCAUCUGUUCCUCGCAUGGAUCAGACUCCAUCACCAGCAACCAAUCCCUCUCUGGUGACCAGAAGCUUCUCUCCGUAGGUGGUAACUUUGUGCUUGGUUUCUUCACAAAAAAUAAGACCUCUAGCAAAUUCUACAUCGGAAUAUGGUACAAAAGAGUCUCAGAGCUGACCCCUGUCUGGGUGGCCAACAGAGCCACCCCAGUCUCAGACAUCACCAAGUCGCUGCUUCAUAUCUCCAAAGACGGUAACUUAGCUCUUCUAGACCAAUCCAUUAAUUCUCCCGUAUGGUCAACAAACGCCACCAUCCCCUCCAAUUCUUCCACAGUUGCUGUCCUCCAAGACAACGGGAACCUUGUCCUGAGAGAUGCUGUCGACUCUGCUAAUAUAUUCUGGCAGAGUUUUGACAACCCAACUCAUAUGUGGCUUCCUGGAAUCAAGAUCAAUUUCAAUAAAAUAACUAAAGUAAGCCGGAGAAUCAUUUCAUGGAAGAACUCUGAGGACCCAGCUCUAGGAUUAUUCUCCAACUCGAAUCUGGAAGAUACCCAGAACGUGCUCCAGUGGAACAUGAGCAAGAUCUACUGGACUUCAGGGCCAUGGAAUGGUCGCAUAUUCAUAAACUUGCCAGAGAUGACAUCACAAUACCUGUUCAAACUUACCUUUGUUAAUACCUCUGAAGAGAGCUACUUCACCUUUUCCCUCCUCGACAACACCACCACUCCUUACGUAGCUUAUGUGAUGGAUGUCUCGGGCCAGAUGAAGGCGGUGUUGUGGGUGGAGACCGCCCAACAAUGGACUCAAAUCUUUGCCGCUCCAGCCCAGUGUGAAGUUACUAACUUCUGUGGCCCCUUCGGAAGCUGCAACGAGCAGAGCCAGCAGCAUUGCAGUUGCGUCAAGGGAUUCAGCCAGAGAUCCCCAAAAGACUGGGCUUUGAGGGACUACAGUGGCGGUUGUGUCCGGGACACACCAUUGCAGUCCUGUAAUGGCACUAGCUCAGAUUACGCUGGUGAGGGAGAUAAGUUUUCCCAUAUGUCAAAUGUGAGGUUGCCUAAUGAUGGCCGGACUAUGCAAGUUGGGAAUGAUGAUGAAUGUUUGCAACGUGCGACCAAGAACUUCUCCGACAAACUGGGCGCCGGGAGCUUUGGUUCUGUUUCUAAAGGUGCAUUACCAGAUUCAACUGCUAUUGCUGUCAAGAAACUUGAAGGACUUCGUCAAGGUGAGAAGCAAUUCAGAGCGGAGGUGAGCACGCUUGGGACCAUUCAACAUGUCAAUCUAGUUCGUUUCCGGGGGUUCUGUGCUGAAGGGAAAGAAAGAUUGCUUGUUUUUUAUUAUAUGCCUAAUGGUUCUCUGGAUUCACAUCUCUUUCAUGGAAAUGAUAGCGUCUUAGACUGGUCCACUCGUUAUCGAAUUGCACUUGGAAUUGCCAGAGGAUUAGAGUAUCUCCAUGAAAAAUGCAGAGAAUGUAUCAUCCAUUGUGACAUCAAACCAGAGAACAUACUUUUGGAUGUUGAGUUUAACCCAAAGAUUGCUGAUUUUGGUCUUGCAAAGUUGCUUGGCAGGGAGUUCAGUCAUGUGUUAACCAGCAUGAGAGGAACCAUUGGGUAUCUGGCCCCGGAAUGGAUUACAGGAUUAGCAAUCACACCAAGGGCUGAUGUUUAUAGCUUCGGUAUGAUGCUAUUGGAAAUAAUAUCAGGAAAGAGAAACACAGAGCAAUUAGAGGAGAGUGGUAACUAUUAUUUCCCUGCUGUGGCAGCAGUGAAGGUGACAGAAGAUACUGUUCAAUGCUUGUUGGAUGAUAGAUUGCAGGGAAACGCCAACAUGGAUGAACUAAUCAUAGCUUGUAGAGUUGCUUGCUGGUGCAUUCAAGGUUUGGAAAGCCAAAGGCCAACAAUGGGGUUGGUUGUUCGGAUGCUUGAAGGACUUAUGGAGGUUAGCAUUCCUCCAAUUCCUAGUAUUUUUCGGGCCCUAGUUAUAAAUUAG